CGCGCCCGCCGGCGCCCGCGCGCGCGCGCGCGCGCCGCCGCGCGCGCCGCCGCGCCGCCGCCCCGCGCGCGCCGCCGCCCGCGCGCGCCGCGCGCCGCCGCGCGCGCGCGCGCCGCGCGCGCGCGCCCGCGCCGCGCCCGCGCCGCCGCGCGCGCGCCGCGCGCGGCGCCGCCGCCGCGGCCGCCCGCGCGCGCGCGCGCCGCGCCGCGCGCCGCCGCGGCCGCCCCGCCCCCCGCCGCCGCGCCCGCGCCCGGCCGCCCGCGCGCCGCCGCCGCGCGCGCGGCCGCCGCGCCCGCGCGCCGCGCGCGCGCGGCCGGCGCGCCGCGCGCGCCCGCGCGGCGCCCGCGCCGCGCGCCG